AAGCCAAGAGGACCUCCUACCUCAAAAACAAAAAUAAAAAUAAGAGUUCAUCACCAGUGAGACUUGUAAUCAUCUAGAAAAAGAAAUAAGAUUCAUCAUGUCUUUCAUGGUCCAUAAUCGGAGGGGCAGCAAAAAGCAAUUUCAAGUGGAUCCACUUCUUAUGCCCAAGGUUCCGCGUACCAAUUACUUGCACCUUCAGGAAGAGAAGCACAGGCUACAGCUAAAGAAAUUCCUCCUUCACAGGUUGUUUCUAGUGGGCCACUUACAAGUCGACAUAGAGAAGAAGGAAAUUUCUGACUAUUACGAGCAACUGUUUCAGUCAAUUCUGAAACAUCAUUUAGGUGAAGUGGUGACAGGACUCUUGCUCAUAUACCCAACUACUUUUCUGCACAUCCUUGAGAGUUCCAAUGGCACACUGUUCCGGAUUCUUCUAGAUUAUGUUGCCCACGAAAAGAGUGAAACAGAAUUUAUGAUCCACAACGUGAAAAUCAUCGUUGCUUCCCAUAACAUCCCCACGAGGCUGUUCAUGCAGUGGCAUAUCUCUGUCAUCAAAGUCCCCAUUUUGUACCUAGAUGAUGACACACAGUCGCAGUCUGUAGCCGAAGUCACCACAGAUUUCCUCACCAUGACUCACAAACUGGCACUCCAUCUUUACAAGACGGUGAAAGUGGGCGCAAAAGGACCAGGUGACAACUUACACCAGCUUGCCCCUGAACUCAUUCUCCCAGAACAAACUAUCAAGUACUUAUGCAAAGCUGAAGAAUUCAUGGACCCAGCAUCUUUCUUAAACAUGUAUAACAGACCCAUACACUUUACCUCUGAUUCUGAUAUUGUGUGGCCGGCUCCUUCCCGUUUCUAGGAUGGGGUGAGACGAUUUGGAGAGGAUGUCUACAAUGCUGAAGAUGGCACCCAAAGAAGAAGGGUGAGUGAUCACAUGUUCAAUCAUGACACAGAACAUGAGCUAGAAAGGGGGCAAGACCAUAAAUUCCUGAAUUUGUGUUUUAGGCACUAAACACAAUAAACUUAAGACUG